CUGAGUUUCCACAUAACAAUUUGGGGUUAAUGCUUUAUAAGCUUAUCUAAUAAUCCCUUGUGUUCACAAGCAGAUUCAAAUCCCGUGUUGUACCAACGCAGAAACCCUAACAAAAGAACAAAGCUGAAGAGUGAUCGAUCAUGGAGGAGAAGAAGCAGAAGAGCAUUAACGACAUCCUUCCUCUUGACCUGAUUCAAAGAAUCUUACUCAGGAUUCCGGUCAAACAUCUCGGCCGCCUCAAGUGCGUUUCGAAGCUUUGGCACUCUCUCAUUUCCGAUCCAGACUUUGCAGAAUCGCAUCUUCACCUCUCUCUUGCAUCCACCCAUGCGUGCAUCUACAAAAAAAACUCCACGGAAGCUUACCUUAUUCACCUUGAAGAAGCAUUCAACGACAAAAAUUAUAAAGUAAGAGAGCUAUCUUUCCCUUUCAAGAAGCCGCCACCUUCUGAGUUUCGUUUGAUGGGAUCCUGCAGAGGGUUUGUUCUCUUACACCAAGAGCCACACUUUUUUGUAGUAUGGAACCCACUCACCGGAUUCAGCAAAAGAGUAUCUUACUCUUGGUUAGAUAUUGUUCAUCGUACUAAGGGCAGGUACUUUAGAUUUUCCGGUAAUGCGAUGCUGUAUGGAUUUGGUUACGAUGCUACACUGGAUGACUACUUACUUGUUAUAGCUUGGAAGGAUAGUAACUGCCCACUCUUAGAUUGCUUCUCCUUGAAAACCAAUUCAUGGAUUAAUCUUGAUGCUGCAGUCCCCAAACCAUUGAGUCUUAUGGAGUGGCGAUCUCGUGGGUUGUUCUUGAAUGGCUCUAUUCAUUGGUUUUCUUACUAUCUUGAAAAACAUCACAGUGAUGGUCUUCUUGUAUUUGAUCUGAAGGAAAGAAGUUUCUCAAAGAUAUCUUUGCCUGAACAACUCGAAAUGCGUGAUGCUGCCACAUUUUUCAUACUAGGAGGGUGCCUAGCCUUGUGUUCUCAGGACUAUGUUGGAUGUAAAACACACAUAUGGGUGAUGAAAGAAUACAAAGUGCACUCAUCUUGGACUUUGUAUGUCAUUCCUUGUUUAGAGUUUGAGCCUCUAUGCUUAUCCAAUGAUCGUGACGUUGUUGCAGUAAUAUAUAGAUCAUUAAAGUUUGCCAAAUAUAAUCUCAGAGAAGAACUGCUCCAACGGUUUAGAUGUCCUCUUUUUCGACUGCAGACUUUCAACUGGACAUGGUGCACUGUAUAUACAGAGAGUCUCUUGCCGUUCCCUAGUAAUAGUAAGCAUAAGGAUAAGAAGAAGAAGAAGAAUGCUAUUUAAGUAUUCUGCUAUGCUUUGCGCCACAUUAUUCCUGCUAGUUUUUAAACUUUGUGAUUAAUGUAGAAGUACUGAGCAAGAUGUAUUGUGCAUCAAGUUGCAUUCAGAUCUGAGUUUUGACUAUCCAUGGUGAAACUUGAUUUAUCAAGUGCUUGGGGAAUCAUUAAUCACUGUCUUGCUUUCUAGAGUCUAGUCUUUGUGGUGAGGUUUUAGGGUUUAGCUCUUUUUCAUUUCUAAAGUUGUGACAUUUUACUAUGAAAAUCUUAUACAUGCUUCGUUGUU